CACGCCAAGGAAGAUUGGCAUUCACGGGCGACCAAUCACGUCCAGCGUGGUGCGAGCCCUAGAACGUUUGCUGGAGAUGGUGGCAGAUUUGAAUCUGGAGCCGUUCUGGAGGAAAAACGAAGGAGAGGAAAGAAAGUGAAAGCAGAGAAAAUGAGCUGGGUUGUGGAAGAAUGGAAAGAAGGCCUUUCCACAAAAGUCCUUCACAAGAUUCAAGAACUUGAAAGUCAACUGGAGAAGUUUAAAAAAGAGCGACAACAAAAGCAGUUUCAGCUGGAAUCUCUAGAGGCAGCUUUACAAAAACAAAAACAGAAGGUUGAUCAAGAAAAAAAUGAAGGAUCAACGUUGAAGAGAGAGAACCAGAACUUGAUGGAACUGUGUGAUAACUUAGAAAACACAAGGCAGAAACUUGCUCACGACCUUCAAGUGAAAGAAUUGCAAGUUAACUUUCAAGAAGGACAACUCAUUUCAAGCAAGAAACAAAUUGAAAACCUAGAACAAGAACUUAAAAGAUAUAAAUCUGAAUUGGAAAAACAUCAGAAGAUCCAUGUUGCUGGAGAUGUAUCUUUCAAUAGUACACCACAGAGGAAUCUUAUUACUUCUUCAACACCAAGUGACAAUGAUUCAAAAUAUGAAGAACUCCAAGCAAAAUACAGUAAAGAGGUUGAAGAAAGGAGAAGACUAGAAGCAGAACUGAAGAGUUUGAAAUCUCAAAAAACAAAUACCACGUGUCCUGAAAGUAUGAUAAGUCGUAGAGAAAUUGCUCGGCAGCAGGCUUCCUCAUCUGUAUUCUCAUGGCAACAAGAGAAAACACCAAGCCGCUUCUCAUCCAGUCCCCAGGAAACUCCUAUAAGCAGUGGGUCAGUGACAUCACAUCGCUCUCAGGAAUUUGGGGCGACUCCAAGUCACAGAUACCUGAAAUCAACAAAGAAAGGAAUGAGCAAUUCCGGCAUCUUCAGUUCUAAGGACUCUCCAUUACUUAAGAUGAAAGCUCAGAACCAAGAGUUAAGAUCCAGAAUUCAAGAACUGGAGCACAAACUGCAAAGUCAAACACAAGAUAUGAAACUGGGUCUUACUAAACUUCAGGAAACUCAGCUGCAACUGGACAAUCUUAAAAUGGAAUUAACAGAAAAAGAUAAAGCUCUGAACAAGACCAGAAAUGAGAUGAGCAGAAUUGUAGCACAAUUUGAUCAAGCUACUGAUCAGUGUGCUGUAAAAGAGGAAAAGGUGAAAAGGCUUUCAGAGGAUCUUCACUGUCAGAGACAAAAUUUUGAAAGUGUCCAACGUGCUUUACAAGAGAAAAUAAAAGAAAAGGAAAAAGAAUGCCAAAAGGAACUUGUUCUCCAGCUUGGUCAGGUCAGAGCAAGUCUACAAGGGGAAUUGCAUCAAGCCAAGGACAGCUACAAUAUUCUUAAAGCCAAACUGGAGAAAAUCCUCUCUGAGAAACAGGAAUUUGAAAACAAGGCCAAUGAAUUGACUCAAAAAUUGAGUCAAGCAGACCGGGCUAGGCAAGCAAUGCAGUUGAAGGAAAAUGAACUAAAGAAUAUGUGUGAAGAAGUAAAGAAGCAAAACAGCCUUAUCAGCUGCCAGGCAGCUCAGCAACUGCAAGAAAUUCACCAGCUAAAAGAGGAACUUUGUAUAGCCAAACAGCUUCUGCAGGAGAGUCAACAUGUUUCUGAAGUCAUGAAAAAUAAAAAUUGCUCUUUGGAAAAUGAGUUAAUGUUACUUGAAGAGAAACUGAAUAAGCAAUGUAAUUCAAUCACUUUGGAGAAUAUGAAACUUGCAAUUUCAGACUUGGAAAAUCAACGAGAUUCUCUCCAACAGCUCUUGAAACAUAAAGAAAAUGCAGUUGAAGAGCUUAGUAUGAAGCUGUCAGAGCUAGAAAUGUUGCAAAAAGUUUAUGCAGAAUGUGAAGGACUUAAAAAGGAGGUUGAGAUUCUUUCUCAACGGAAAAAAGAAAAUGAACAACUCUUGAAUGAGCUUGAUUCAGAAAAAGGAGGCUUGCAGAGCAAAAUUUCCAGCCUGGAAGGUGCUCUAAAGACUGAACAGCUUAGAAGUCAGGAGAGAAUAAGAGCUCUUGAGGAUGAAAAGAAGAGCCUCAGUCUGGAGGUGAAAAAUCUCAAAUGUGUGGUGGAAGACCGAACAAGACAACUAGAGGUACAAAGAAAAGCCAACGCUGAUCUUCAGAAAAAAAAUGAAACAUCUGAAGCAAAACAUAUGAAAGAGAUAGAAAACAGUUCACUGAAAUUAGCUGAGUUUGUUAAGCACAUAGAUGCCCUACAAGAAGAGCUAGAGACAUGCAGAAAUAAGGCAUUAGAAAAGGACAAAUGUAUUGUGUCUCUUGAAGCAUCGCUCGCUUCCUAUGCACAGUUAAACAUAAACUUACAAAAACAAUCAGAGGAACUAUCACAAGCCAGAGAUGAAAUGCACAGAAAAUUGGUAGAAGCUGAGCAAAAACAUACAGAUUUUGUAGAGGAAACAGGACAGCAAAUUAAUAAAUUGCAAACAACUCUAUCUGACAAACAAGAUUUGCUUACUAAAGCAUUGGCAUCUCUUAAAGAAAGAGAUGAGAAAUUGCGAAUAUUGAUAAAAGAACCAGAUAGGCAACAAACGGUUAUUCGGAAUUUAAAAAUGAAGGCGAUAUUGUAUGAGGACCCAAAACAACACCUGAAAGUUCUCUCUCCAACAAUAAGCCAAAAGGAACUUGAUUUAACUGUGGCAUUAUCCUUAAAUAAUAAGGAAAAUGAACAACCUACAGAGGAGAAUUCCAUCUUUAAAAGUACUAGCAAUAGUUUAGAACCAAAAAAUCUGGACGUCAUGCAAAGAAAACUGACAGUUUCCAAUAAUUUGAGUGAAAAGGAGGAAAACUUAUUGGAGCGGUCAGAAAAUAAUUGGGAGAAGAGCUCAUUGUUGUCAGUAGCCAAAGAAAAUAUGGAAAGAAAAUGUUUAUUGCUUCAAGCAAAGAAUGAGAACUUAGAAUGUGUUUUAAGGGAACAAACUAACCAUCUUGAAGUACAGAAAGCCAAAUUUGAAAUCCAAGAGAAACAACUUAAGAGCAAAUUUGAGGAACUGGAGCUAAAGCUUGUGUCUAUGGACAAGAAAAAUAAUGCCCUUCAUUGGCAACUUGAAAAAACUCAGCUAGUGCCUGAAGUAGAUGAGAUGUUAAGACAGGAGGGGGCAGCACUAAAUAAAAUACAAUAUUCUGACAGUAGAUUACUGCAAGAGAAAGAGGAACAGAUUGAAAGCAUGAAAAUGAGAAAUGAGCAUGCAACAGGUGCCUUGGCUUUGGAACAACUCAAAGUGUCAAUGAAAGAAAAGGAGGAUGAAUUGCAUAGAUGUCAAGUUAAACUGGAGAUGCUUCAAAUGGAUUUUGAUGAUAAUGAAGUCACUGUAAAAAAUUACAUUGUGCAAGUAAACCAAUUGGAGACAGUUUUAAGAGCAAUGGAAAUUAAACUGGAAGAAAACAAAACAGAAAAAGAAAGCUUGAGACAAGAACUGCAAGCUUUUAAACAUUUAGAAAAUCAGACUUCAGAAACAUCAGAGGCAGAUGGGAAUAAUCAGUCACCAAUACAUUUUGAUGCUGAUACCAAAGUCAGCUUUAACCAAGAGAUAGAUGCCAACUGUUCAUCAAUUCCUUACAAUUUAAUCCCUGCGCAAAACGAUCAUAUCCGAUUAGUAUCUUGCCUACACAUGACAAUGAACAAGUUAAACGAAUUGGAGAAAAUAUGUGAACACCUCCAGAUAGAAAAGUCACAACUGAAAGACCCACAAUUGGAAUGCAUCAUGAACGCAGAUACUAUGGCACACAAUCUUAUGGACAAAAUUAAUAAAGUUGAAGAGAGAGCUACUUUCUCUGGUGCAUUAAUAGAUAAAGCAGAACAACCUGCUAUGGAGCACAUAAUCUCUCCAAGGGAUUAUGAUGGAAUUGACUAUGAAGGUUUGAAACUAUUCAAUGAAGAAAUUAAGGCACAUUUUGAUAAUGUCGAGGAAAAAAUUCUCUCUUUGAACAAUUUAUAUCAAAUCUUUCAGGGACAGAGUUUGAAUAUGGCUUCCAAAAUAUCAGAAAUGCAAUGCUAUAUUGAAUUGCUGAAAGAAAAUAAUAUUGCAAUGUCAACAAGUCUUUACCAAGUUGAUACGGUUUCAUUUGAAAUUGAGAUGACCCCAAGCCCAGUGGAUGAAGAGUGUCAGUCAGAUGAAAAAUUUUGCAUGGAGGUUCCACACUAUGAUUCAAUCUCCUAUUCUACAAAUGUUACUCCUGUGGAGUCUAGUUUUGAUAGUGAUCUGCCCCCACCAAGCAAAAUAGCUGGGCUACUUAAUAACAAACAAGCUGAUCUAAAAGGGGCAGCUGACCAGCACUGCCAUUCUCUGCCAGAGCUCUGCAACAGUAAUAGAUGGGACUCUCUUGACAAGCAAGAGCAUCUCUUUACCAACAGCCCUAAUCUGAAAAAUAAAAUCAAACACUUGCUCCACGAGCCUCUUGAUAAAUCUUUCAAGAUGCUUGAAGAAUCAUUUCAGUCUCAUAAAAACCUGGAAGACAAGGAGAUACAAAAGAUCCAAGAGCUGCUUUUGUCUGUGAGACAGGAGGUAGAUGGUCUCCAAAAGCAAGCUGUGUCUGACAAUAAACUGUGGCAACAGAAACUUCACAAUGUGAUCCUGCAGGUAGCAUCUACAUUGACAUUCGAAAAGAAAUAUCCUGAGCUGCUGCCUCAAGAACAAGAAGGACCACAGCCCAAAAUAGAAGACCCUGGUUUCAGUUGUGAGCCACUCCUUUGCACUGACAGCAAACAUCAAGCUCGGAUUCCUGCUGAGCAAGCAAAUCAUCCCUCGUGCCAGUUGGAAGUAUAUACUUUCUGUAAUGAGAUCUCAGAACUUGAAUCAGUGAAUAAUAAAGUAACAGCAAGGACCUGUGAAGCAAAUGGAAUAGAAAACAAGGGAUUGGCUUCUGAAGCAAAAAUUUGUUUAAAUUCUUCAGAAAAACUACUUUCAAACAUAGAUUUGGAAACCAGAAAUGCGUCAAAUAAAUCUAUAGUUCCUACAAACUGUCCCAAUGUGUUAUCACUUUCUCCAAGUCACAGCAUAAGUGCCGUGCCUAUGGACUUCUUGGACAUGCCUUGUUCAGAAAUAAAGCAUAUUUACAGUAAAAAUGCAAAGCUUUCCUGUGAUUUAGAGGAAACUAGUAAAAAUAUUGAUUCUUUGCUCGUGGAAAUCCAAAACUUAAAGUCAAAUUUGGAUGCUAAAGAUGAAGAGUUGGUUGAAAGGAUAAAUGCUUGUGCAGAGAUGGACAAAGCAGUUGCAGUACUGAAACAGGAAAAGAUAGACUUAAGUGAAGCACUGAAAUCUGUUACUUUUGAUAACCAGCAAUUAUCUUACAACCUUAUGACACUUGGGAUAGAACUCAACAAGGCAAAAGCUGAUUUGGAGAUGUACAAAGUACGACUCUGUGAUGCAACAGAUGCUCUCGAUGAUUUAGAAAUGACCAAAGCCGACUGGACUGAAAAACUUCUCGAAGCUGAGAAUGAACUGAGAAGGAUAAAAUCAGAGAAAGCAAAUGUUGAGAACCAUGCGCUAUUCAUGGAGGCUGAUAUUGAAGAGCUUCAGGCAAAGAAUGAGCAGUUGGAAAGAGAAAAGGAAAAUGAAUUGAAAACCAUUUUUGGCCUUCAAGAUCAGCUUUGUAUGAUCACAGCUGAGAGAAACCAAUUUACUCAAGAUCUGAGCGCUUUGUCAAAGGAUAAAGAGGAGUUAGAUCAAAAGUGCCAAAAAAUGCAGGAGACUAUAAAAGAGCUUGAGUCAAGACGAGUGGAUUCUACUGAAUUUAUCAGGAUAUUGGAAGCUGAAGCUAAAACCCAGGCAAAAUUGCUUCAGGCUGCCAAGGCUGCAAGUAGUCAGUUAUCAACAGAAAAGGAGGGCCUUACAUUGCAAUUACAGAAUUUGGAUAAAGUUGUGAGGGAUCUUGUGUUAGAGAAAGAGGCAGCACAGAGCCAAGUAGAGUGUCUGAGAGAAGAAAAAGAAGCACGACUCCAGGAAUUUGAAACCCUACACAGCAAGUUAAGUAUCUCCGAAAUAGAAAAUGCCAAAAUAUCUAAGUCUCUGGAAGGGUCACUUAUAGAAAAGGGUGAACUUGCAGCAAGACUGAAUUCUGCCCAGGAAGAGGUGGAUCAGCUGCGACGGGGCAUCGAGAAACUAAAGAUAAAAAUAGAAGCCGACGAAAAGAGCAAGCAUCGCCUGGCUGAAAAGUGGAAAGAAACUCAGCGGAAAGCUGACUCUCUGGUAGACAAAAUUGAGAGCCUUGAAAGGGAAUUGCAGAUGUCAGAAGAGAAUUUGGAGGGUGCGAUUCUUCAAGCAGAGGUGGCUAAAGAAGAGGCAGAAGCAGCGAAUGCUGAGAUAGAAAACAUGCGUGUGACCUUGCAAAGGUUAGAACAUGAAAUAAGUGCCUUAAAGUCAGAAAAAGUUUGUUUAGAGAGCAUGCUGGAGGAAAAACAAGUCAAAGUAUCCAGUUUAGAAAGUUCUCAUGUCGUCCUUUUGAAACAGGUAAAAGAAGAAGAGCAAAAAAUGGUGAAAAUCAGAGGUGAAUAUGAAAGGGAACUUUUGUCAAUGCAAUCCCAAUUGAACCAGGCCCAUGAGGAAAUUAAACUGUCUUUCAGCAAGCAAGAAAUUCUUAAAGCAAAUGAACAAGAUGAGAUUAAUAUAGUGGCUUCCCUCAGGCAAGAGAAUACACAGUUAGUUCGUCAAUUGGAGGAAGGAAAAUACAGAAAUUCUGAAAUGGAGCAACUUAUAGAAGCCCUGAUCCAGGCAUUCCAAGACAUCAUGCAAAAAAUGGAUGAAAACUCAGCUUUUUUUGAGCAGUUGCCAAUAAGUGAAAGUUUGCAAGCUAUUUCUCAGGAGUCACAAGGGUCUUUUAAACAUCCUGGAGAGGAACUGGAAGCCAUAACAUCAGAAAAAUGUGCCUCCCUUGGAAAGGAGGAGCAGCUGAAAAAAGCGUAUAUUUCUUUGCAUCAUAAAUUUCAGCAAUGGUUAGGAAAUUAUAGAGAACUGAAACAGGAAAAAGAACUCAUGAUGGACAAGAUUCACAAGCUUGAGAUGCAGUUGACGAUGGGAGAUCUAUGUUGUCAUAAGGAUACUGGCAUAGAGGAGAUGGAAGAGCUACGGGGAUCAUUUGAAGAGAGAACUGUGGAGGCAGAAAACACCCAGGAAAUGGGAAAAUUGAGAGAUUCCCUUGAAGAUAACAGCAUAGAGGCAGAUCUGGACCUGGACAGGUUCUGUGCCCUGCUUACUGAUCACCACAAAUUAGAGCAAGAAAAUGAGAUGUGGAGGACACAAGUCUCUUUACUGAAUGCUCGGCUGAAACAAACCAACAUCCCCAGUUCUCCCUGCCAACGUUCUCACAAUCCAGUGCAAAGUAAUGAUAGCAACCCUAUCAAACAGGCUUCAUCUGAUGAGGUUACUGAGAUUACUACAAAGAAAUACAAAUCCCAAGAAAACAGAAGAAUUGAUGAAGAGACCACAUUUCCUUUAAGAGAUGCUGUUACUAAAAAGGAAACUGCAUUUCAGCAUUGCAGCCCAGUGAUGCUUCAGGACAGAACACAAUAUGAGUCUGUUGUCUCCCUAGAGGUGGGGGAAAAGGAAAACGGCACCUUCUGUCCAACAGUUCGAGGGAAGACUCCUCAAUGCCAUCAGAAUUUGAGAACCUCACAAUUUUCUAAAUGCAGGGAUCUGUCUGAGGACCUUGAAGCACCAGCAGAGGGCAGCAAACUACAAAAGGUAAACAAUUUUCACCUGCAAGAAGUAGAAGUUCUUGGCUCACUGGAUUUUACCCCAAGAUCUCCCCUUUCUGCCUUUAACCAAUCAGCCCAAGCAGAUGCUGAACAAUCUGCAGAAUGUCUACACAGCAUCCCAACCAAAUGUUCCCUAAAUUCAGGAGAAAAUGAGCUGGAUGAAACCUGCCAUGUACAGUGAAUCUGGAUUAUCUUGGACAUAAAAUGUUGACUUAGAGGGCUUGUUUAGACACAAAAGUGUGACAACAAGUUCUGUUUGUGAUCAUCCUUCAGGACCCGUUUAUAUCACAUCCAGUUUUACAGUGGGAAAUGGGUAUUGAAUCUAUGUAUGACAGCAGGAAGUCAAAGAACAAAUAGCUAUGUGGCCCAUUACAGUAGAGUCUCACAUAUGCAACAUAAACGGGCCGGCAGAAUGUUGGAUAAGCGAAUAUGUUGGAUAAUGAGAGAUUAAGGAGAAGCCUAUUAAAUAUCAAAUUAGGUUAUGAUUUUACAAAUUAAGCACCAAAACAUCAUGUUAUACAACAAAUUUGACAGAAAAAGUAGUUCAAUAUGCAGUAAUGCUACAUAGUAAUUACUGUAUUUAUGAAUUUAGCACCAAAAAAGCACAAUAUAUUGAAAACAUUGACUACAAAAAUGCAUUGGAUAAUCCAGAAUGUUGGAUAAGUGAAUUUUGGAUAAGUGAGACUCUACUGUACUUUGUUUUUGUAUCAUAGAAUCAGUUGGAAGACACCUCGUGGGCCAUCCAGUCCAAUCCCCUGCCAAGAAGCAGGAAGAUGACAUUCAAAUCACCCCUGACAGAUGGCCAUCCAGCCUCUGCUUAAAAGCCUCCAAAGAAGGAGCCUCCACCACACUCCGAGGCAGUGAGUUCUACUGCCAAACAGCUCUUCACAGUUAGGAAGUUCCUCCUAAUGUUCAAGUGGAAUCUCCUUCUCUGUAGUUUGAAGCCAUUGUUCCUCGUCCUAGUCUCCAGGGAUGCAGAAAACAAACUUGUACCCUCUUUCCUAUGACUUACCAUCACAUAUUUAUACAUGGCUAUCAUGUCUCAUCUCAGCCUUCUCUUCUGCAGGGAUUUCCUGCAGAUAUUUCAUUUUUACAAAUACAGAUACAUUUCUAUUGUAUGUAGGUUCAGAAUUACUGAUCAGAAGAUAUCUGUGGCAUCUACCCAGUGUUCAAGGGUGUCAUGUUUUUCACUUCAGACCUUCUGCAGCUGUGUAUUUCCAGCUGCAUCUCAUGCUCUUACUAUACUAAGGUGCUUCCAGAUUGAAUGUUUCAAAUCAGAAUUGUGCAUCCUUUCUGGCUUUCCCAUGUUAAGUUAUUUUUCUUGUUUUUUGAAUGAAAGACAUUAUUGGAAAAUAUCCUAUGCUACACCUGUACAGGUACUCCUUUAACCUUGGGUACAGAUAACCUGGGGAUGCUGUUUUCUGUUGGAUACAUGCAGUUACAAAGCGAUUUUGCAAUGCUCAAGGCCCCUCCAGUACCCUAGAGAAAAUGGGAAGCCUCCACGGGCACUAUUGGUCAUUUUGCCAUGUUUAAGGUAUUCCUCUUCUCCUGAAUGGCCUAAAGAUAACAGAUCCUCUCUAAUCUUGGAAGCCAAGCAGGAUUGGUCCAUUUUACUAAUUGGAUGGGAGAUGGCUAACAACUACUGUUGGCUAUAUUUUAGAGGAAGAAAUUGACAAAACCAUCUCAGAGUAUUCCUUGCCUUAAAAAAAUAAUAUUAAUGGGGUUGCCAGUUGGGGACUUGAAAGCAUAUACAUGCAUAUGCCUAAGAAGGGUGAUCAAGAUGCUAAAUGUUUUGCAAAAUAGCCAGAAACAUCUCCUAAAGCCUACAAGACCCUUGGCCAUUUUGGUAUAAAAAUAUCUCUCAAAUGGUGACAUUUUGUGUGCAAUACUGCCCCACCCUAAUGUCUGGCAGUUGCCUUUCUCUGCUACGUAGCCCUGUAAAAUUAUAUGAAUGAGGCAAAAUAUUUGCAGGAUCCUCUGGAAGGUCCCUAAAUGUUACUUGUGACGGUUUCAGGGCAUGGGAGGCAAGUUAUUAAUCUAAUUCAGGAAGAAAAAUCUAGAAGCAGAGUAAAAUGUCCUUGAAUUUGUUCUGCCUCUGGAAUGAAUUGAGUUUGCACUGGCCUUUUCUCCAGAAACACUGUGCAGCCUUUUCAUUUUUCCUACGCUGUUGUCUUUCUUGGGGCUGGGGAGUGGCAGCUUCCGUUAAAAGCCAUGACAUUCCUUUUUUAAAAAGCUUUACUACUUUUCUAAAGUCUUGGAGAGUUCUUACAACACUACAUUUUGGAUUAACACUUAGCAUAAAGGAACACAACUGGGAGUUCACAAUGUCUUUCCUCUGGGGAAGAUACCACCAAAAUGUACUGUGUGGAGUUGCCUCCUUUAUGUAGAUAAUACUCAACAAAGGUUCAGCAUUAUAGGGAAGCAGUGACUGCCUCCUUUCCGUAAUUUGGUUAGUGGUUAGUCUGUUCCCCCUGAAGCCUUAAAAGUUGAAACGAGAGUAAAACCGGUGGUAUGCUGUGCCCUUGUCUAAAGCAUUCUCCUGAAGUGAGUGCUCACAACUCAGAUCCAAUCACUCUUUUCUCCCUUUACUCUUGACAACUUGGAUUUAUUAACAUUUGUCUGCAAGGCAGCAGUUUCCUCCCCGUUCAGUGGCUAAAAGGUCCACCUAGAAAGAAUAGUUUCUGUUUAGUGGGGAGGAGAGAGAAAAGACAGAUGCGAGCCACAAGAAAAUUGUUGUGUGCAAUAGGUCUGGAUUGACAUCAUUUCAGAUAAGAAACCUUUGGAACAGUAAUUUUCAAAUUGGAACACAUCGCCUCAAGGGUACUCAAGCUCUCAUCAAGGUUACAAAGUACCUAAGGGAUACAGAUUAAAGACACUUCAGGGAACAAAAAUAGCUUGCUGCCUAUACAAUCCUGCUAAGUGGCUUCUAUUCUCUCCCCCUUGCUCCCUCCAACCCUUUUCUUUUUUUUUAAACCUACCUUUCAAUGCUUCAUUUAAUAGUGGCUAUGCAAGCAAAACAGCUCUCUCAAUUGUUAGAUCUGUCAGCGUCCCGCUAAGUAAUGUAGGUGAGGAUCAACAAGAUAAAAAUAGUUCUACAUAUAUGGGAGGGAGCUUGGGAUUCUCAAACUGCCCGUUCCGUUUUUGAAAUGAGAGAGCAAGUUAAGGGAUGUCCCCAACCAAGUCUGCUUGAUGUGGGCAUCAGAUGUUCAGACAAGCAAAUCUCAUUGGUUUUGUAUGUGUCUUCAAGCCUUGUACAUAUUGUUCUUCAGAAAACUGCUCAUAGUCCCAGCUAUAGAAUUAAGUCAUCAACACAACAAAAUUUACUUAAGUGAUUGCUUAUCCAAUCAUUAGUUCAAUGGGACUACAGUGUUCCCCCGCUAAUUUGCGAUUCACUUUUCGCGGACUUGCUGUUUCGUGGGGAAACGGGGGUAUAUUUAAACAUUUUAAUUGUUAUGUGGCCUUUCUCCCCCUUGCAACCCUUCCCUACCAGCGCCUGCUGGGCCCUUGGUCUGGGCUCAUCAUGUUGCUCUGGGUGCUUCCCUGCACGCAGGGAAGAAUGAACACUACUCCAGAUGAGUGAGCAAAGGAGGAGGGUGGGUGAGAGAGUGAAGGCCGGUGGCAGCAGCAAAAGCCUGGAAGAGGUAGCCAGGUCCAGCUUCUGCCUCCGCCCUGCCCCCUCUUCUGAGUCCUCCAUGUUUCCCAGCAUGGCCUGGCUGGAGCGGAGUCAGAAGCUAGACCUGACUGCCUCUUCCAGGCUUUUGCUGCCACCACCAGCCUUCACUCCCUCACCCACCCUCUCUCACUCAUUCAUCCGGCUGGAGCAGCGUUCUUUCUUCCCUGGCUGCAGGGAAGCAGCCAGAGCAACAUUAAGGGUCCGGAAUAAGGGCCCUGCCGGCUCUGGUAGGGAAGGGUUCACUAGCUCCCCGGGGCUUGCAAGGGGGAGAAAGGCAGCAUAACAAAAUAAUGUAUAAAUAUUAAAAUUAAAAUAGUGUCCCUACUUCGCGGAUUUCCACUUAUCGUGGUAGGUCAUGGAACGGGACCCCUGCGAUAAGUGAUGGAACACUAGUUAGGACAGCAUUGGGAAUCAUUGUUGGAUUGCAUCUUGUAGCAUUUCUUGUCACUGCCUGUGCUGGCUAAGGCUUCUGGGUCUCGCAUUCAAAUGACAUUUGCUGGUUAAGCCUAACCAGCAAAUUUGAAUUUGAAUUGAGGUUGAAGAAUAUAUAGCCUUCCAAGUGUUGUCAGGUUGAGCCUUCUUCCCGUACCAUUAUCAUCAAUAUCUGGAGGGCCACAAAGGUCCUAUUUCUGGUUUAAAUCAAAGCGAUUGAACAGUUCCGUUCUGUUCAGCACAAACCAUCCUUCAGCUGUUGUGUUCAAUUUGGCCUCUGGACUGGGAGGAAAAUAUGAAUAGACAGGAAUGGGUAUAAGGAAGUAAUAAAUAUGGAACUCUAAAUAGCUGUUUUAAAGUGAGGAAAAUGGCCAAUUCAGAAAGGUUAGGAGAUGAAAAUGAAAGAACCAUCAAAAAUUAAUAGGAGGUCUUGUGAAAUCAAUGGAAAUGUUUGUGUUUGGAUGAAAUCGAGUCACACGUUUUAUAACAUUUAUAAAGCUCAGAAAUUGUGUAAAUAAUAUGCUGUGUAUGUAAUCCUAUUGCCAUUAGAUGUUAAAUAUUGUACUAUAUAACAAAAAAUAGAAGUUUACAUUUUUCAAUCA